GUGCAGCUUACGAGAAGAAGGUCAAUUCGAAUGAGGUCAUGAUGAGGGCCAUCAGGGAAUCUCGCGACCAUGUGAGGGUCUUGCAGAAGAAGUUGGUCAAGGACUAUAGAGACGUUGUCAAAGUACCUUCGGAUGAUCUGGCCGAUGAGACGAUCAUGCUUUUUUCCACGUCUUUCACGGCCCGAAAAGCUGCGGAUCUUGCAAACCUCGUCCUUGAGUGGGACGAGAAGGAGGGUGACUUUCAUUGUUGGCGUGGCGACAACUGCUUGCACCUGGCAUAUGGAUGCUGGGAGGGGAUAUACAACACGUGGGCACCGAGCAAGAUCACGAAUCUCAACCACCUCACAUUUGCUGCUCGAAACUUUGUGGGCAUCACCAUUGUGUUCUUCCUGGCAAUCAGGCUGGACGGCUAUGUUUUCAAGCCAUACGGCCCUAUAAUGCCUGCAACGCUGGGUCUUCUCAUCUCCACGUAUCAAAGCACAGCUUUCACCAACAACAUCCACCGACUUCUUGGGGUGCUUCUGGGCAAGGUCCUGCCGCUACUGAUCCUUUCCGGACUGUCUUUGUUCAAUUGUGGUUCAUCAACACGCUCCGUUGCGGCAUUCUUGGCCAUCUGGAUCUAU